AUGAUGAACAAUACUGAUGGAGAAAGUAUCACCAGUCGUAUCACAGGAAUGGUUGCUGAAUUCGAGCAAUCACGUGACCCUGAGUCAACUGAAAUUGGUCGACAAUUUAUACAAUUACAACGAAUAACGAUGGCAAAUAAAGAUAUCCUAUCUUGUUAUGAAGGUGCCAAAUUAAUAAAUCGUAUAAAAAAUCGUUAUAGAGAUAUCUUACCGUAUGAUCGAUAUCGAGUCAUUCUCCCAUCAGACGAUGAUUCGGACUAUAUUAAUGCAUCUUUUAUUCAAGAUUUAUAUGGUUAUCCUCGAUAUAUUGCAGCACAAGGACCAAUUGAUGCAUCAUUAAAAGAUUUUUUUCAUAUGAUUUGGACUUUUCAAAUAACAUCAAUCAUUUGCACAGCAAUUGAUAAUGAAGCUGGACGAAUGAAAUUUCGUCGUUAUUGGCCAGAUGAUGAAGAAACACUUCAAUUUGGUUCUUAUCAGAUUACUAAAGAUCAAUCCAGUAAUAAAGCCUAUAGUUGUAAUGAUUAUGAAGUGCGUCCACUAAUAAUGAUUUGCGGAGAAAUUCAACGACGUAUAUCAUUUUAUCAUUUCCUACAGUGGUUCGAUCAUGAUACACCUGAUGAUGAAUCAGCAAUAUUUGAGUUACUUUUACGAGUAUAUGAAGACCGAGAUUCGUCAACAAAUUCACCUAUACUAGUACACUGCAGUGCUGGUUGUGGUCGAACUGGAAGUAUAAUAGCAAUUGAUCUUUGUCGUCUGCUUUUAAAUGAUGAGCAAUUAUUCUGUAGUAAAGAGUAUCAGUUAUAUCCGGUAUUUAAAGUAGCGACCCAUAUUCGUCAAUUUCGGAUGGCAUUGAUUCAAACACCGAAGCAAUACGCAUUCGUUCAUAAAAUGUUUUUGUUUAUUAUGAAAAUACAUGGAAAUAUUUUAUUGCGGUCUAUAUUAAAUAAUGAUGAAGAUGAAACAUCGGAUUCACCAUUUGAUGCAAAAUUAUCACCUUCGCCUAGUAUACCAUCUGUAUUACGUCGUCAAUCCGGACCAUUUCAGAUAACACUUCGUGAUCCGCCCAUACGCCGUCGGUUAUUAGAUGAUAGUAAUACCUCAUCGCCAGUAAUGUCACCAUCCGAUAUGUUUUCAUCCAUAUCGAAGUCUUCUUCAUGUAUGAAUACAUCACAAACAUCUAAACGAUCACCUGUUUCAACUCGUUUUUCUCUGAUUAUUGCAAGUGAACAAGACAGUACAGAUGUAUUUAUGCAUCCAAACGAAAGAUUCAAUAGAACAAUAUGUGAUGAUAUGCAAUUAAAUAAUUUACGACGACAUGAAUCAACGCUAUUAAGACAUACUCGUUCAGAUUCGACUGAUGUUUAUUCAAUCGCACUUUCACAACAUUAUCAUCAAAAGCAAAACUCAAACGACCACGAAGCUUAUUCAGAUUAA